CCAAAUCGUUUGUUUUCAAUAUUAAUUUUACCUAAAAGAAAUAAUAAUAAUAAUAAUAAUGAAGAAAAUAAUAACGAAUACGACCAACAUAAUAUAUACUGUUCUAAUUUACAUCAAUUAUAUAUCAUUCGGCAUAACAUGUAAUGCAUUAUGGCCAGUGUUAAUAGAUCUAUCUUAUAUUUAUGAUGUAUCGAGUGAGACAUUAGAUUAUCUAGUUUCAUUUGCUGCAUUUGGUUAUACGAUUGGAUCAUUAACUGGUUUUAUUUACAAAUGGAUUAAUCGACAAUUAGUUAUAAUCGGUAUGGUAACAACAAUGGCUAUUCUGAUUGCAUAUACUCCAUAUUAUACAUCAAUUUAUCAACUAUUCAUAGCAACAUUGAUUAUUGGCAUUGGUUCAGGAUCAUGGGAAAGUUCAAAUACUGUUUGGUUAAUAGAGAUGUGGCCAGAACAUCAAGCAUCUGUUAUGCAAAUUCAACAAUUCAUGUAUGGAAUAGGAUCGAUAAUUAGUCCAUCAUUGUUGGCUCCAUUUGUACAUGGCAUAGCCAAUGAAACGGAAAUCAAUGUAGAAACUAGAAAAUCUUCAUUGAUUAUACCUUUUAUGUCUAUUGGUGCUUUGCAAAUAAUUGCACCAAUAAUCAUGUUCGGAAUGUUCUUUUUUAGACGAUAUGAAAAAACUAAUCGAUCGUCAUCGAUCACCAGUGAAUCAUCAAAAUCUGAUGAUGAAAGUGAAACUGAUUCUGAUGAUGAAAGUGAUUCAGCGCCAUAUAAGAUGAAAUAUCGUAAAAUAAAAUUAAUUUUAAUUGGACUUAUGUUAGCUGCAUAUAUGGGUGCCGAAAUGGCAUACAAUGAUUAUUCGGACACAAUGUUUCAGUAUUGGCAACCAGAUCGUUUAACAGCAACUCAAUCGGCCACUGUGAUGGCCUGUCUAUGUACAGGAUGCACAGUAGGCUGUUUAAUAACAGCAAUCAUAUCACUUCGAUUAAAACCGAAUAUAAUUAUAGCUUAUCAUUUAGCUAUUAUAAUCGGUGCCUUAUCAUUAUUAUAUGUAGGUAGACAUAAUACGAUUAUUAUUUAUAUAUCGAAUGCAAUGCUUGGUUAUGGAUUUUCAGCAGUAUGGCCCGGAAUUUUGGCAUUCACUGAACGUCAUCUUAAAAUGACCGAUCGUGCCAGUUCAUUUAUAUUUUUUUUUACCGAAUCAGCCGUAAUGUUUACACCUUUAUUAAUUGGCCAGUAUUUAACAACACAACCAUUGAUAUUGAUGCUAUUUGAAGCUAUUUAUAUGACUAUCAGUAUUAUUUUGUUCAUUAUAAUUUCUAUGUUAUUUUUGUUAACAUAAUAAUUUAUCGAUCCUUU